AUGCCUGAGCCUGCAAAACCCCGUCGGGUCAAAGUAUAUCUUCUCCGCGGAGAUGACUGGAUAGAUAAUGGAACAGGUUACUGUGUUGGAGAGUUCAGUAAAGAUAGCAAGCCGUACUUUCUAGUGCGCAGUGAGAAUGAUGAGGAGGAAAUCAUUCUUAAAUCCUUCUUGGAAGGCUCUAUUCAAUACCAACGACAACAAGAAACGCUUAUCGUAUGGACAGAUCUUGAAGGAAAAGAUCUUGCCCUUUCAUUCCAAGAGACUGAGGCGUGUGCAGAUCUUUGUGAGUUUAUCAUCAAGGCUCAACAGGAGAAGUACGCUCCGGAGAUUUCAUUGUAUUAUGUAAUUCCAAACAAUUCUGUCAUUGAUAAUGAGUAUAAUUCUAAUAAUGGCUCAACACAACCUUCUGAAGUGACAGAACUUAUUACAGGUCCAAUAAAUUUGCCACCACAGCCUCCAACAGAACAGAAUUUAACGGAAGUACUCGAAGCAAUUAGUCAAGGCUCGAAUUCCCAAUAUACGCGUGGAAGUAUUCUGAAGUUUAUGAAAGAUGAAGAAUAUCUUAUACAAUUAAUCGAAGCUUUUCAAGUGGCAGAAACCAAUGAGAACCUAGCUGCAUUGCAUCUUAUUUGCGAAUCAGUCAAGACCUUAAUUCUUUACAAUGAAGCAUCUAUCAUCGAAGAAUUCCUUUCUGAUGAUAUUAAAGUAUAUGGAUUAGUUGGGAUCUUGGAAUAUGAUCGAGAAUACCCAAACUUUAAGGCAUGUUAUAGAGAAUUUCUUCGAGAUAAAAGUAAAUUUAAAGUGGUGAUUGAUUUACCAAACGAUGAAGCACUCAAGAUUUUUAAGAAUGAUUUCCAUCUUAAUUUCUUGAAAGAUGUUGUAUUGGCAAGAUUCUUGGAUGAUCAGACUUUCAAUUUAAUAUCUUCAUUGAUUUAUUUCAAUCAAGUAGACAUCAUCAAUUUUUUAAAGGAUCCUGAAGGUAGUGGAGGGUUUUUAGAGAAUUUAUUUCAGUUGUAUGAGGAUGCAGGUGAUCUUGAGAAACGUAAGGAUGGGGUUAGAAUGCUCCAUCAAUAUAUUCUAAUUGCAAAAUCUCUUCAAUCGUUUCAAAAAUCUGAAUUUUUCAGCACAUUGGUUAAAAGAGGAUUAUUUAAAAUGGUUUCAUUUGCAGUUCGGGAUCUGGAAAGUGAGAUACGAAUUUUGGGGACAGAAAUCAUUGUAGUUAUCAUUGAACAGGAUGUUUCACUUGUGAAUUCCAUUGAUAAUGACGUCGAUAUAGAUAAUCUGGACCCACCACCUCCAAAGCAAGGUGAUGAAGAUGCAAAGAAUAGUAAUGGUGGAGAAGGCGAUGAUACAGUUAUAGAGCUGAAAUCAUUACAUCUUCGACUUUCAGAUGACAUGACCCUUAUGCAAAUUCUCACGAAACUUCUUAUUGAAGAUGAAAAUCCUGGGUUGAAAAUGCAAGCAUUUGAAGCACUCCGGAUAUUAUUAGAUUCAAAUAUAGCACUGAAUUCAAUGAGUCCAUCGGGGGCCAGUAACGACAAUGAAAUUGAACUGUUGAAAAAUGAAUUCAAUUCAAUCAAUGGCAUAAGCUCAAGAUUUGAUGGGAAUGAUGAUUUUAAUGAUAUCAACACUAGUAAUUACUUCCAAGCAUUCUAUUCACAAGUUGCUCCUGAAUUAUUUGGUAAAUUAAUUGAUUUGAAUGAUAUAUUGACAUGUUCUGAAUCGUUGUUACUUCAACAUCUUUUGGAACUCGUACUGUUUUGUACAAAGGAACAUGAAGUAUAUAUAUCACAGCCAUUUUUCCUUGAAACCCAUAUUCUAUCAUCAAUUGGAAGAAUAAUUUCACAACAAACAUUCAAAACUACAUUAAAAUUGACCGCCAUACGAUGUUUUAAGAAUAUCUUGUUACUAAAUGAUCUGAAAUAUACCAAAUAUAUUUUAGAGAAUAACAUUUUAGGACAAUUUUUCAGUUAUUUUAAAGGCAUUUCCAAUGAAAAUAACCUUGCUAAUUCAUCAUGUCUUGACUUGUUAGAAAUAUUCAUUAGAAGUUGUGAUUGUGAUGAUGAAAGACUGAAUUUUAAAGUACUAGCGAGAGAAAUUUGUGAACGAGAAAGAGAAUUUCUUACAAAUGGGAUAGAUUUUGUAAACACUGGAAAAGAAUUACUUGAACUUAUGGAGCUGUCUGACAAAGAUGAUGAAGUUAUGAUUGAGGAAGAACUUUCCCAUGAUGCAUCUACACCUAUUCAUAAUGAAGAAAGUUCUGAAUAUAUCAUUUCUGAAGGACUGACCAAUGUUAAUAUGUUUGAAAGCAUUGAAAGUGAACUUCGAGGGAAAAGACAAUAUGAAGAAGAUGAGAAUGAUGCAAAGAAUGGAAAGGAUAUAGAGCAAGAUCAAGAAGCUACUAAAGGUGAAGAAGAAGAAGAAGUGAAUGAAGAAGUGAAUAAGAAAAGUAAUGGACAUGCAAAAUUUCAUGCUGGUAGUUUACUGUCACCAAAGAAACUCUCCAAAACAAUUAAACAUAAACUAAAUACAACUAGCAAGAAGAUUGCACUGAUACGACAAAAUCAACAGGAAUGA